AUGGCCACUGCUUCGGUCUCAACGCCAGUGAAGACCCAUCCUGGGAUCUUCUCCUCCAAAACAGCUGGUGGUCGUAUGCCAUUGACUCCAUCACCUAACACACGAGUGACUCCAAGGGCAUCCGACGAGUCGUCCCCAUUUACUCCACAAAAGGCCGACGCAGGCUACGAGAAGCCCAAAUCGGUUUAUGGUGGAAACCUGUCCUCAUAUUUUGCCAAGUCAUCCAGCAAUAAAACUACCACCUCGAAGCCCUCAGUCACCAGGUCAUCGCUUGCCAAGCCCUCUAUCCCUAAAAUAUCCGUGCCAAAAACGGCAGCCGCAAAGCCCGCAGCGACAAAACCCGCCGUUGCAAAGUCCUCUGUCACCAAGACUUCACGAACGCACCGUGAUUCUCCCAAGUCCAAUAUUGCACGCACUCGGCAUUCACCAAAGCAUCUGCAACUCGGGGUGUCUGACUGGUCUCUCACCGGCACAGGUCCGUCGUCGACCGGGCAGACCCCUGUAAAAGAACGCCCGCGACGAGAGGUGCCGACUCGGGCUCGUCCGAGCAAGACGACUGUUCGAAUCCCACACAAUGCCGGUGACCGCUUUAUCCCCAAUCGCUCAGCCAGUGAAGGUCUUGUGACUAGCGGCGCUGCGAAACCCAAUGAGUCCCAACGUCCCAAAACAAGUGGGAGCGAGGGUUCGACUGUUCUUGCCUCUGCAGCCAGUGCAUUCGAUAUCAGCGGACGUGGCGUUGAGGAUGAAUUGACGGCAGCCCUGGACAAUCUGGGGCUGGACGACUCUGAACAGCCAAGCUACACCCGUCCAGCUCCCGAUGCCGUUGCCUACGAGUCGUCCCUGGCCGAUGCUUGUGGUGUAAAUCUGAACACCCGCAUUCUCGCAUUCAAGCCUGCGCCGCCAGAGUCAUCUAAGCCCAUCGACCUCCGGGCUCAGUACAACCGGCCCCUUCGAUCUGCCAAGUCUCAAGGCGCUCAAUUCCGACGACGAGUGCAGACUGCUCCUGAGCGUGUUCUGGACGCACCCGGUCUUUUGGAUGACUACUAUCUUAACUUGCUGGAUUGGAGCUCUGGAAACCAGGUCGCCAUCGGUCUGGAGCGCAACGUCUAUGUCUGGUCGGCCGAGUCUGGCACUGUCAGCUGCCUCUUGGAGUCGGCGCCUGAUACCUACAUUAGCAGCGUCAAGUGGAGUGGCGAUGGUGCUUACGUUGGAGUUGGGUUGGGAACUGGUGAGGUGCAGAUUUGGGAUGUUGAAGAGGGCACGAAGCUUCGCAGCAUGUACGGCCACGAUUCCCGCGUCGGUGUGAUGGGCUGGUCCAAGCACUUGCUGUCCACAGGAGCACGCAGCGGUCUCGUUUUCAACCACGAUGUUCGCAUCGCCGAUCACAAGGUGGCCGAGCUCGUAUCCCACACCUCCGAAGUCUGCGGUCUCGAGUGGCGCUCCGAUGGUGCUCAGCUUGCGACGGGCGGUAAUGACAACCUCGUCAAUAUUUGGGAUGCUCGCUCGCUGAGUGCGCCCAAGUUCACCAAGACCAACCACCGUGCUGCCGUCAAGGCUCUCAGUUGGUGCCCAUGGCAGCUAAACCUGCUCGCGACUGGUGGUGGAUCGUACGAUCGUCACAUUCACUUCUGGAACACCACCACCGGUGCUCGCACAAACAGCAUCGAUACCGGAUCACAGGUCACCAGUCUCCGGUGGAGCAACCACUACCGUGAGAUUGUCAGCUCAAGCGGAUUCCCAGACAAUUCGCUCAGUAUCUGGAGCUAUCCGACCCUGGUGCGCAACGUUGAGAUCCCUGCCCACGAGACUCGUGUUCUUCACAGCAGCCUGAGUCCUGACGGCCAAAUGUUGGCCACCGCGGCUGCCGACGAAAGCCUGAAGUUCUGGAAGGUCUUUGAGCGCAAGCCGGGUAGCAGCGCCUCGUCUUCUCGCGAGGGUGGCGUUGGUAGCAAGGCUCAGCUCACAAAGUCCAUGACCAUCCGCUGA